UUCCUCUUUACUCACUUUCUUAUUUGUAUUAUUUAUGAAACUGCCCCAAGUGGAGUGGAAAUAGAGUUUUCAUAUAGCCGACCCCAACUAGUGUGAAAUUGAGGCGUAGUAACUGUUAGGGGUGGUUUGGUAGCUGGUUCGAGUUAUGCAGGUGUUAGUAAUACAUGGAUUAGUUAUGAGAGAAUCUAUGUAUUAUUUUAUGCAGGGUUUAGUUAUUCAUGUAUUAGUUAUUCUAAGCUCAGAGUUCCAUUAGUAUAAAUUAGUAGUUGGUAUUUUCCGAUUUAGUGUCUUUUGUGUUACUAUACUCAAAGUUACUAGACUUCUGUGUUAGAAAAGAUAGUUAACUAGUGGUUGGUAUUUUCCUCUUUACUUGCUUUCUUAUUUGUAUUACUCCCUCCGGAUCAAAAAAAGAGUCCACUUCGCCUUUUUUUCUUGGAUAAAAAAAAGAGUCCACUUAGCAAAUCAAGAAAGAAUUAAACUUGUUUUUCCAUAUUUGCCCCUAUUAAGUGUUAUAUGAUCAAAUCCCAAUGCCUAUUUAAUUAGGGUUAGUUUAGUCAAAUUACCUAUUUUUGUCUAGUAGUUAGUAUUUUUUUAAGGGGUGUGCAAAUGGCUAAGUGGACUCUUUUUUUGAUCCGGAGGGAGUAUUGUUUAUGAAAUAAAUAGUGACCCCAACUAGUAUGGAAUUUAGGCGUUGUAAAAGUUAUUGUAUUGUUGUUUCUACUAUCUUCUUGUUCCCAAACCAAAAGAUAUAAGGUUUGCUCUUGUUUAUUUGCCUUUAAUAAACUAGGAGUUCAUAGUUAGUAGGUGUUUGGCUAUAAAUUUCGGAUAUUUUUCACUUUAUUUGGAAUUUAUGAAGUUGGAGUUGUGUUUGGUUAUACUUUUAGCAAAGGAGAGAAGAGAGGAUUUUAUUUGGAAUUUAUGAAGAUGGAGUUGGAAAACAGGUUUUGAGUACUUUUCCAAUUUGAAAAUUUUAUAGCCAAACACUGAUUUUGAAAUACAGUGAAAAAAUAUUCCGGGAAAAAAUGAAUAAUUCUCAUGACUAGAGAGGUCUUUAGAUUAGUAUAAAUUAGUAGUAGUUGUUUAGGCCCCAAAAAUUGAGCAGAAAUGUUGGUUGUUGCUAAAAAUGCAUUGAAUAAUCAGCUGGCCAGCUGUUACAGAGUGUUUGGAAUCUGUGAAACUAUAUUCUCUUUGUGUGCACCUUUGUCUUGAUGUGGAAUUUGAGACCCUUUUAAGCUCCAAUACUAGUAGUCUUUAUUUGUGUAGGGGUACAUCAAAGAGCAUUUUCAAUAAUUUAAACACAUUGCAUUAGUCUUAGAACAACUAAAAAUUAUGUUUGGAACGAUUUCUGAAGAGAUUGAAGUAGCUGUGCCUGCUAGUGAAGCUUGGAAGGUUUAUGGCACGCUUCGACUGGCCAAUAUUGUGGUCAAAGAGCUCCCUCAUGUCCUACACGAGGUUGACGUAAUUGAAGGUGAUGGCGGUGUUGGGACAGUCCUCAAACUAACCUUUCCACCUGGCACUCCGCUGUUUACCUAUUCCAAGGAAAAGUUUACUGUUGUGGAUAAUGAGAAGCGGGUAAAAGUAGCUUUGGUUGUGGAAGGUGGGCUUCUUGAUCACGGAUUCACUUUCUUUCAGGUCCGUUUUGAUGUCAUAGAAAAGUAUGAAACAACAUGCAUCACCAAAACCACGAUUGAGUAUGAGGUCAAGGAAGACGCAGCUGCUAAUGUUUCAUUAGUUAGUAUUCAAACUUUUGUGACCAUAAUGGAAACUGUUGCUAAGUAUCUAACUCAGCAGAAAGAUGGUCAAUCAUCUGCUUGAUCUCUUUGUUUCUGUUAAGCCCGUGUGGGUGUAAAUUCAUGGAAUAACUUAUAAGUUUGUAUUUGUGUAUUAAAAAGAAUAAAAUAAGAACCUCACAAUCGCUGAUUUUAUUAAAUAUGAGAUAACUAACAUCACAGGAUAGUAAUUAGCUGUCUAUUACCUUAUUAAGGAAAAGAUGCUGGAGUUUCAUAAAGAGUUGGUCAAGGUUCUAGGAUGAGAUGGUUUCUACUGGGUGUCUCUGAUGAUUGUUAUGCGGAGCUUCUUGUUCUGAGGGUCACAGAAAUUCGAAGUUAAUUUAUAAAUACUAACAAAGGUUGUCAAAAUAUAGUCAAUCAUAAAAUUAGAUCUGGACUUGAGAUUAAUGUUUCUUUCUCCAACUUAAUCAAUCACAUUGCGGAAAUUCAGAUUGAAUUUACUAGUGCUGACAAUUUUGUUAACACAUUUAAUUAACGGAACUGUGAUACCUGGUAUUUCGGCUAGUUGGUUUUCCAACAUGGAGGCUUAUCAGAUUGGUCAUGACUCUCGUACAAUGUGUGCAAC